AUGUCUGUCUGUGAAGUGCUUCACGCUGAAACACAAGAAAAGGGAAAACCAAAGGAAAGUGGUUUGAUGGAUCUUCGUAUGGGUACCAUUGAUCACCAUCUUUCUUGUCUGACUUGUGGAGGUAACGCUACAGAAUGUCCUGGUCACUUUGGCCACGUUAGAAUACAUCCAGUGUUUAAUGUUCUCUUUAUUAAUACAGUAGUGAAGGUGCUACAAAGUGUGUGUAUUCAUUGUGGUAAACUUUUAGCGGAUAAGAGUAGCUUACAAUUUAAGAAGGCAUCAAAAUUCGUGAACAGACGUAAAAGAUUCAAAGAAAUGAUCGAUCUGUGUAGAAAAGACAAAUGUAUAAUAGAAACAGGAAACAAGGAAAAUGAACAAAAUCAAGAAGCUAAUAUUGACCCAACUUUCCAACCAAGAAAUGGUUGUGGUGGUCUCCAACCUAAGAUUUCCAGAGAUGGAUUAAAGAUUUUUGCAGAAUAUAAGAAGGAUACUAGCGCCGAAGCUAAACAAGAAUUAACAAAACAAGAAUUGACAGCAGAACGUGCUCUUCAAAUCUUUAAGAGAAUUCCUGCUGAGGAUUUGGAAUUGUUAGGUUUUGAUAAGGAUAAUGCUCGUCCAGAAUGGAUGAUUCUUACAUGUUUACCUAUUCCUCCACCACAGGUUCGUCCAAGUGUUCACCACGGUUCAGCUGAUCGUUCUGAAGAUGACUUGACACACAAACUUGCAGAUAUUAUCAAGGCUAAUGCUGCCAUUCAAAAGAAUGAAAAGUCAGGUACACCACUUCAUCAAAUGGAAGAAAUGGUUAGAAUGUUACAAUAUCACUGUGCUACCUAUGUGAAUAAUGAAUAUCCAGGUGUUCCAACAGCUACAACUAAAAGUGGAAGACCUUUAAAGUCAAUCAGACAAAGAUUGAAGGGUAAGGAAGGACGUGUCAGAGGUAACUUGAUGGGUAAACGUGUUGAUUUUUCUGCAAGAACUGUCAUUACUGCCGAUCCAAAUAUUGAUAUUGAUCAAGUUGGUGUUCCUCGUACUGUUGCUUCAAAUAUGACAGUACCUGAAAUUGUUACACCUUUCAAUUUUGAAAGAUUGAAUGAAUUAGUUACAAAUGGUCCUUUAACUUAUCCUGGUGCCAAGUAUGUUAUUCGUGAAGAUGGUACACGUAUCGAUUUGAGAUUUGCUUCAGGAAAAGCUAACGAUCAAAUUCAAUUGGAAUAUGGUUACAAAGUUGAACGUCACUUACAAGAUGGUGAUGUUAUUCUUUUCAACAGACAACCUUCUCUCCACAAAAUGUCUAUGAUGGGUCACAGAAUUAAGGUCAUGCCUUACAGUACAUUCAGAAUGAAUUUGUCAGUCACUACCCCAUACAAUGCUGACUUUGACGGUGACGAAAUGAAUUUGCACGUUCCACAAUCUCUUCAAACAAAAGCCGAAUUGUUAGAAUUAAUGAUGGUCCCUAGGAAUAUUAUUACUCCUCAAAGUAACAGACCAGUUAUUGCCCUUGUCCAAGAUACUUUAUUGGCUGCUUCUAAACUUACACGUCGUGAUGUCUUUAUUGCUAAAGAUUUAAUGAUGAAUUGCUUAAUGCACUUGAUUGAUUUUGAUGGUAAAUUACCUGUUCCAGCUAUUUUGAAACCAAAACCAUUGUGGACUGGUAAACAACUUUUCACAUUCCUUCUUCCAAAAGUCAAUCUUGAAAAUACAUCAUCAACCCACGAAGAUUUGACCGAUAAGAAAGAUCACUUGGAUCACGACAUACCUGAAUUUGAUACAAAGGUUUUAAUUGACAGAGGUGAAUUAGUUUCAGGUGUUUUGGACAAGAAAUCUCUAGGUUCUUCUCACGGUUCAUUGAUUCACAUUAUUGUCAAUGAAAAGGGUGUUAAUGAAGGAAAGAAAUUCUUGGGCCAAUGUCAAAGAGUUAUUAACCAUUGGCUUAUUAACCGUGGUUUCAGUAUUGGUAUUGGUGACACUAUUGCCGAUAAAGCUACUAUGGAACAAAUCGAAGAAACUAUUAGAAAAGCCGAAAAGGACGUCAAACUUAUUGUCAAGGAUGCUCAAGAAGGUAAAUUGAGAGCUGAAGCUGGUAGAACUAUUCAACAAUCUUUCGAAAAUCAAGUUAACAAGGUUCUUAACAAGGCCAGAGAAGAUGCUGGUAACAAGGCUAAGAAGUCAUUGAAGGAUGACAAUAACAUCAAGUCCAUGGUGACAGCCGGUUCUAAGGGUUCUUACAUUAACAUUUCACAAAUUAUUGCUUGUGUCGGUCAGCAAAACGUCGAAGGUAAACGUAUUCCUUAUGGUUUCCGUAAUAGAACUUUACCUCACUUUGCCCAAGAUGACCAUGGUCCUGAAAGUCGUGGUUUCGUUGCUAACAGUUACCUCAGAGGUUUAACUCCUCAAGAAUUCUUCUUCCACACUAUGGGUGGUCGUGAAGGUUUGAUCGAUACUGCCGUCAAGACAUCUGAAACUGGUUAUAUCCAAAGAAGAUUGAUAAAGGCUAUGGAAGAUAUCAUGGUCAAGUACGAUGGUACUGUCCGUGAUGCUCAAGGUAAUGUUGUCCAAUUCUUGUAUGGUGAAGAUGGUAUGGAUGCCCACAAGGUUGAAUCUCAAUCAAUUGAUAUUAUGAAUUUGAGUGAUGCUAAAUUCCAAGACAAGUAUUGGUACAAUUCUCUUGGUAGUUCUCCUUCUUUCACAAACCCAACUGAAUCUAGUGUUUCAAUGCCAUCAGGUGGUAUUCUUAAGGAGUCUUUCAUUUCUACUAAGGUUUAUGAUGAAAUUUUGAAGGAUCCUGCAACCUAUCUCUCAAAGGUCCGUGAAGAAUACAAGACUUUGAUGGAAGAUCGUCACAUUUUACGUACUGAAAUCUUCCCUAAUGCUGAAAAUAAGAUUGUCAUGCCUGUCAACUUGAAACGUAUUAUUAAGAAUGCUCAAAAAGAAUAUGGUAUCCAUCCAAGUAUUGGUAAGCCAUCAGACAUGAAUCCUAUUUAUGUUAUUGAAAAGAUUAAGAAGUUGUGUGACGACUUGGUUGUUAUCAAGGGUACUGAUGAAUUGUCAACUGAAGCUCAAACUAAUGCAACUUUACUUUUCAGUAUGUUCUUGAGAUCAACCUUCUCUUCAAAGGUUGUUCUUAAAGAAUUGUGUCUUACCCAAGAAGCCUUUGACUUUUUGGUUGGUGAAAUUAGAAUGAGAUUCCACAAUUGUUUGGCUCAACCAGGUGAAAUGGUCGGUUCUGUUGCUGCCCAAUCUAUUGGUGAACCUGCUACUCAAAUGACUUUGAAUACUUUCCACUUUGCCGGUGUGUCUUCAAAGAACGUUACUUUGGGUGUUCCUCGUUUGAAGGAAUUGUUGAACGUUGCCAAGAAUAUUAAGACUCCAGGUUUGACUAUUUAUUUGAAUAAUGAAUAUAUUGGUGACUUUGAAAAGGCCAAGAUGGUUAAGGAAGAUUUGGAAUAUACUACUCUUGGACAUGUUACUGCUGCUACUUCAAUUGUUUACGAUCCAGAGCCAGCAAACUCUGUUAUUGAAGAAGAUAGAGAAUUCAUAGAAGAAUUGUUGGAAGAACUCAAGGAUACAGCAGUUUUGGAUUCAACUACUCUCAAUCCAUGGUCUCUCAGAUUUGAACUUGACAAGAUGAUGAUGAGUGACACAUUGACUAUGGCUCAAGUUGCUAAGAAGAUUCAAGAAGAAUUCCAAAACGACAUUACUUGUUUCUACUCUGACGAUAACGCUGACAAACUUAUUCUCGUUGUUCGUAUUCACAAGGAUGAUAAAGAAAAGGAAAAGGAUGCUCAAGUUGCAAAGGAUCCAAGUGAUGAAGUUCUCAGAAAGCUUGAAGAAGAAGACAUUGAAAAUAGUACUGUUGAAUUUUUGAGAAGACUCGAAUCAAACAUGUUGAACGAAUUGGCCCUUAAGGGUUAUAAGGAUCUCAAGAAGGUCUUUUUGAGAGAAGAAAAUGACAAGAAGGUUUUCAGCAGUUCUGGUGUUGCUACUGUUAAACAAUGGGUUUUGGAUACUGAAGGAUGUAACUUGUUGGCUGUCUUAUCUCACCCUUAUGUUGAUCAUACUAUUACAACAUCUAACGAUGUUAAUGAAAUUCUUGAUGUUUUGGGUAUUGAAGCAUGUAGAAAUGCCCUCAUGAGAGAAAUGAGAAAGGUUAUUGAAUUUGACGGUUCUUAUGUUAACUAUCGUCACUUGGCCAUUUUGUGUGAUGUUAUGACUCACAGAGGUGGUUUGAUGGCUAUUACUCGUCACGGUAUUAAUCGUAGUGACACUGGUCCAUUGAUGAGAUGUUCUUUCGAAGAAACUGUUGAAAUUCUUAUUGAAGCUGCUACAUUUGCUGAUACUGAUACUUUGAAGGGUGUUUCUGCUAACGUUAUGGUUGGUCAAUUGGCUCCAAUUGGUACUGGUUGUUUUGGUUUGUAUUUGGAUGAAGAAUUAUUGAAGCAAGCUGUUGCUGUUAAACCAAGCUUUGUUACUGAAACUAAAUCAAUGUAUGGAAGUCUUGGUGCAACAACACCUUAUCAUACAAGUGGUUUGGCUACACCUUAUCAUGGUGGUGUUGCUACCCCAUAUCAUGGUGGUGCUUCAAGUCCAUGGACUCAAGGUGCAAUGACUCCUCUUGGAAGAACUCCUUCACCAGAAUACCAAGGUGGAUUCAGUCCUUCACCUUAUAAUUCUGCAUUCUCUCCAGUUGCUAGUUCUCCAACUUCUCCUGGACAUCAAGGUGGCUAUUCUCCAUCCUCACCAGGUAAUUAUAGUCCAACCUCACCUGCUUAUUCUCCAAGUAGUCCAAACUAUUCACCAACUUCACCAGCUUAUUCACCAACAAGUCCAAAUUACAGUCCUACAUCACCAGCUUACUCACCAACUUCACCAAAUUAUUCACCAACAUCUCCUGCUUACUCGCCUACUUCACCAGCUUAUUCUCCAACAAGUCCAAACUAUUCACCAUCAUCACCAGCUUACUCUCCAACUAGUCCACGUGCUACAAGUCCUGGUGCUGGUUAUAGUCCAUCUUCUCCAGCUUACUCACCAACUAGUCCAAGCUAUUCACCAAGCAGUCCAAAUUAUUCACCAUCAUCACCAGCUUAUUCACCAUCCAGUCCAAACUAUUCACCAUCUUCUCCUGCCUAUUCACCAAGCAGUCCAAGUUACAAUCCUGGUGGUGGUUAUAGUCCAUCUUCACCUGCUUAUUCUCCAACCAGUCCUAGCUAUUCACCAACUAGUCCAAGCUAUAGUCCAUCAUCUCCUGCCUAUUCACCAGGACGUGAAGAUAAAUAA